AAUUGGAGUGUCAGACGAGAGAUUAGGUGAAGAGCUCUGUGCAGUAGUCAGACUUCAUGAAGGCGCGACUUUCACGGUACACGAUCUAACAAACCAUUGUAAGGGAAAAUUGGCUCGCUAUAAAAUACCUAGAAUACUGAAAAUCAUGGAUGAAUUUCCCAAAACUGUGUCUGGUAAAAUACAAAAGUUUAAAAUAAAAGAAUUAAUUGAAACCGGAAAACUAUGAUACCUAGAUAUCUACCUAAAUAUUAGAGAAAAUACUCAACACUCCGGGCUAAGCCGGCAAGAUUUUUGGGUAUUGAGAAUGGUACUAAGAAUUCUUAGAUAUAUUUUCGCUAUAGUAAAAUUUUACUUUAUUCUGAUAACUAAGUAAACUAAAAUAAGUUUUUAGCAAUUUUGUGCCAUUUGCCGGAGAAUCAAGGGACGUGUCGUUUCGGCCUUAGUUCCUUAAUUUAAACUUAUCUACCUACUCAUAGGAUGCUUGCUAGACUGACUUUUUUCGAGCUUUGAUCGAUAAUAUUUUCUUAGUUGCUUAAUUUAUAACUACAUCAAUGAUUUUGACAACGAUGUUAGAAGUUGCGACGAUAAUAUAAUUAACUGUCAUGCUUUAUAACAUUUUAUUUUAGUUCUUACUAUAGAAUAAGUUGAAUAAUGAUUUUGUGAAAUGAAAGAACCCUUUUUGUAAAUAAAGAAAUUUUUGUGGUAUCUAUUUGUAUUUAUUUUAUCAUUAAUGAAAAUAAUAAGAUGGGAAUCAAACUUGAUAAUAAAAUCAUUAGAUAACAAAUAUAAAAUCUUUGAUAUAAAUUAAAAUCGUUAUCAUGACAAAGUCUAGAAGAUAUUAGCAAUAUUCUGUGAUGUACCUAUACCUAUCUAAUUACUAUGUAUAUUAGCAACACUGUAGCUACCCCUAUUAAAUCGAGUUACAUAAUAUUUUGUAGCUUAUAAUUCAAUACUUAAUACGAAGUUCAAUAUGAGAGACAUAAUAUGGUUGUUUUUGUUGUUUAUUUGUGACUUAGUUGUAGUAUCGCCAUCAUCCGUAAGAAGAGUACGUUUAAUAGAUCACACCAGCUAUGCCAUCUCUAUCAUACAGAAGACGAUGUCGAAAGUCGAACAACGGUGUUGGUGCAACUUGAAAGUUGACGAUGUGCAUGUCAUUGUUAACGAAGAUGUCCUCAGUGAAGCAAUAUAUGCCGAAGUCGAUUUGAAAGAUGGAUUUGUUGUGUCGAUACAAAAAAUAGGUAUUAUCCAUAACACGAUACAACAAAAAUGGUUGCCAUUGUCUGGUAACACCACGAGGGUUGAAGUUCACUCAACAGUAAAGAUGAGCGACGUUGCUGUAGGAUUUAACGUGAUUGCUAAAGAACAUGGGAAAGUUAUUCACUCGACUGGGUUGAUCGUUUACCCAGACGUACAGUUUCAGUUCACAAUAACUAAACACUUGUUUACGGAUGAAAUAACAGUGGAUGUUGUUGGAGUCCUGGCAAGAACCACGAAUCGAAUGCAAUUUACCCCAGAGAAUCAUGUGACGAAAGUUUUUACUGCUAUAUUUAACUCUACUACUACGGCUACUAGUGUUGAAAGAUGGGCUAGAGACAUUUUAAAACCAAUAACUCUUGAGUUGGCUACAAAAGAAAUAGAAUUCCCAAGGAUUUGUUAUAAUUGUGCUACAUAAUAUUACUUGACUUUAGCACUUAUAUUUUAGUA